AUGGCACCAAGGUCGGCGACGAGGCGAGCGAGCUCUCUUCUACAACUGCCCUCCAAACGAAUUUCCCCCUCCCCCGUAGCCAAAGGUCUAGCCUCACGCUCUCUUCAGACCACUACUCCUGUCGCCGCCUCCGGACCCUCGCUUCUAGGCUUUCAGCAGGGCGGUGGUGCUCCCCAGUCAUAUUUUCAACGCCCAAGUCUACCCGCCAAUACCAUAAUUCGCUUCGUACCCCAGCAAACAGCAUGGAUCGUCGAGCGCAUGGGAAAGUUUUCUCGCAUACUGAACCCUGGUCUAGCUAUCCUCGUUCCAAUCAUCGAUCGAAUAGCCUAUGUCAAGAGUCUGAAGGAAGCUGCAAUGGAGAUACCGAGCCAGAGCGCCAUCACUGCGGACAAUGUCACGCUGGACCUUGAUGGUGUGCUUUAUACAAGGGUCUUCGAUGCAUACAACGCGAGCUAUGGCGUUGAAGAUGCAGAGUAUGCCAUCAGUCAGCUGGCGCAAACGACAAUGCGCUCCGAAAUAGGGCGAUUGAGUCUAGAUCAUGUCCUCAGGGAAAGAGCAGCUUUGAACACGAACAUUACAGAAGCAAUCAACGAAGCGGCCAGAGCUUGGGGUGUGACGUGUCUACGUUACGAAAUCAGGGAUAUCCAUGCUCCUCAAGGCGUUGUGGAGGCCAUGCAUCGACAAGUGACCGCGGAGAGGAGCAAGAGAGCUGAGAUCCUGGACUCGGAGGGGCAAAGGCAGAGCGCGAUCAACGUCGCAGAGGGACGGAAACAAUCAGUCAUAUUGGCAUCUGAAGCCAUGAGGGCAGAGAACAUCAACACAGCAUCUGGAGAGGCGGAAGCAAUCUUGAUGAAAGCGAAUGCAACAGCAAGAGGUAUUGACGCCGUUGCUCAAACCUUAAAACAGGGCCAAGAUGCUGCCACCAAAGCUGUGAGUCUGACCGUGGCCGACAAGUACGUCGAGGCAUUCGGCAAUCUUGCGAAAGAAGGCACAGCGGUCGUGGUGCCCGGCAACUUUGGCGAUAUGGGGGGCAUGAUUGCAAGUGCGAUGGCUAUGUUUGGGAAGGUGAAUGAAGGGCAGGCGAAGAGUGCGAAUGCCGCGUUACUUAAAGCGCCAGAACCAGACGCCGAGCUGGAAGGGAACACGGCUCCCGGCACAAAAGGCAAGACUGACGAGGUUGCUAAAAGCGUACUUCAGGGGUUUGAGCAGACGAGGAGAAAAGGCUAG